AUGACUGAAAUACAGCGGGUUGAAGACUAUCUUCAUGACCAUUUUCGCAUCAAGGACCUUGGCAAGCUACGUUAUUUUCUUGGCUUAGAGAUUGCACGUUCCAAAUCUGGCAUACUUCUUAACCAACGGAAAUAUGCAUUGGAGUUACUGACAGAUGCUGGACUUUUGGCUGCAAAGCAUGUCCCCACUCCCAUAGUACCAGUUUCAUCUACCACUCAGGCUCAAAGUCCUCUCCUAUUAGAUCCUACAGUCUACCGCCGAUUGAUUGGAAGAAUUUUAUACUUAACUACAACCAGACCAGACAUUGCAUAUGUUGUUCAUCAUCUAAGUCAGUUUGUUCCAUCUCCGUGUGCUCAUCACCUUACAGCUGCUCACCGGGUUCUACGGUACUUGAAGAAUGCCCCAGCCAAUGGGGUGUUUUAUCCUUCUCAUGGUUCCUUUUCUAUACGAGCAUUUGCUGAUUUCGAUUGGGCAUCUUGUCCUCUUACCCGUAAGUCUGUUACAGGCUUUUGUGUUUUCAUAGGAGAUUCGUUAGUGUCUUGGCGUUCUAAGAAGCAGACAACUAUCUCUCGUUCAUCUUCAGAAGCAGAGUACAGAGCUCUAGCCAGCCUAUCUUGUGAAUUGCAAUGGUUCCAAUAUCUUUUCCAAGAUCUUGGCUUAUCCUGGCACACUGCCUCUGUCUAUUGUGACAAUCAAUCCGCUAUAUAUCUUGAUCACAAUGCCACAUUCCAUGAGUGUUCUAAACACAUUGACAUUGACUGUCAUGUUACUCGAGACAAGAUACGUUCUGGUCUAGUCCGACUUCUUCCUGUAUCUUCAGCUCAUCAAAUCGCAGAUGUUUUUACCAAGCCACUACACUCCUCCACGUUCAUUUCUGGUAUUUCCAAGCUGGGACUGGUAAAUAUACUCAGUCCAGCUUGCCGGGGGCUCUUACAAGAGUCAUCAAACUCAAGCCCAAAUCAAAAGACAAUUGAUCCAGGCCCACAAUAUCAAACACAAAACAACUUCUGGGUUCCACACAAUACCAAGCCACGUGGGACCAAUCAUAAUAGAUAA